GCUGUGCCCUGAGGGGCCCGAUGACUGCAGGAAGCAGUGUGAUCCCGACUACUACUUGGACAGAAACGGCCGCUGCACAGCCUGUGUCAGCUGUUCUGGAGACGACCUCGUGGAGAAGAAGCCAUGCUCAUGGAACUCUACCCGCGUCUGCGAGUGCCGGACUGGCAUGUUCUGUGGCACAUCAGUCAUCAACUCCUGUGCCCGCUGCCUCCCUCACUCCGUCUGCCCGACAGGGUUGGUUGUCAAGUUCCAGGGCACAGCGCAGAGGAACACUGUCUGUGAGCCGCCUUCCCCAGGGACCACCCCCAACUGCGGCGCCAGCCCACAGGACUGCAAGACCCCUGCCAGCAGCACCAUCCCCCAGGCCAAGCCCACCCUGACCUCUCCAGCAAGCUCUGAUGCCAGGACCACACUUCUUGGAGGGGGCACCCCCCUCGCCCCAGAAGAUGCUUCUAAAAUCACUGCCCACUCUAGCUCCUCCGUGGGGAAGCUCAAUCCAGAUCCAGGGCUGACCCUGCCACAGCUAUGCCCUCAGGGGUCUGCCGACUGCAGGAAGCAGUGUGACCCUGACUACUACCUGGACAGGGACGGUCGCUGCACGGCCUGUGUGAGCUGUUCAGGAGACCACCUCGUGGAGAAGACACCUUGCAUGUGGAACUCCUCCCGUGUCUGCGAGUGUCGACCUGGCAUGUUCUGUGCCACGUCAGCCACCAACUCCUGUGCCCGCUGCGUCACCCGCCCCAUCUGCCCACCAGGGAUGGUCACCAAGCUCCAGGGUACGGCUGAGAGGGACACCACCUAUGAGCCACCUCCCCCGGGGACCCACUCUAACUGCAGCACCAAUGCAGAGGACAGCGGGGUGCCCGCCAGCCCCACCCCCUCCCUGAUCUCCCUGGCCGACUCCCUGACUGGUAAGGAGCAUGGAGGGGACGUCACCCACGUGCGGGGACGCGCCUCUAUCUCAACCAGCACUCCCAUCUCCUUCUCCUCCACAGGGAAGCCCACUCUGGUUUCAGGACCUGUGCUCUUCUGGGUGAUCUUGACACUGGUGGUGGUCGUCAGCUUUGGCUCCUUUCUCCUGUGCCACCGGAGGGGCUGCAGGAAGUGGAUGGGGCAGAAGCUCCACCUGUGCUACCCAGUCCAGACCUUCCAGCCCAAGCUGGAGCCUGUGGAUUCCAGGCCCGGGAGGAACCCGACACUGAUCAGGAGGGUGUCAGUGGCGGAGCCGGGCACUGAGGAGCAGGGGUUAAUGAGCCCCCCAGCUGUGGAGACCUGCCCCAACCUGGAGAGCCUGCAGCUGCUGGAGGCCAGCCCAGCCAGCAGCCCCUCCACCCCCAUGGACCUUCCCGAGCCCCGAGGGACCACGGAGCACACCAACAACAGGAUUGAGAACAUCUACAUCAUGAAGGCCGACACCGUGAUUGUGGGGACCGUGAAGGCCAAGGUGCCUGAGGGCCAGGGCCCGGUGGGGCCGGCAGGGCCCGAGUUCGAGGAGGAUCUGGAGGUGGACCAUGCCCCCCACUACCCGGAGCAGGAGACGGAACCACUGACGGGCAGCUGUGGGGGCGUUAUGUUCUCGGUGGAGGAGGAAGGGAAGGAGGACCCCUUGCCCACGACCGCCUCUGGGAAAUGA